UAAUAUGAUAUGGUGUGUGUGUGUGCGUGUGUGUGCGAGCGUGUGUACAUGCUGGACCUCCUACUUGCUCUGGUCUUGGACUUCUAGUCGCAACUCCUGGCUUCUGUAUGUCAUGUAAAUGUUACUGCCUGCUUCACAUAGACUGAGCUGCUGAUUCUAUCAGUUGUACGUCUGGAGAUGGUCACUGUGAUCUACAGGCAAGUUGUGUGUCCCUUAGCCUCUGCGGGAGCUGCUCAUUGGUAAACAGGUUUGUCGCAGGGCACGGGUUGUAGGUCACCUGGUGAGUUUGCUGCUCACGGGGAUUUUGCUUCUGCCGCCGAUGACAGGCCGUCGACACUCCCAGUGGCAAGGAGGACCCAUCCAUCCCUGGCAAAGACCAUGGUGACAUCCCCACCUUUGACGAGUGGAAGAAGAAGAUGAUGGAGAAGGAGAAAAGCCAGUCUGCCCACUCAUCAUCCUCCAAUGGCAGCCCUGUCGUCAUGAAGAAGGUGCAGAACUUUAAUAACUAUGCAUCGGUGGAAUGUGGAGCCAAAGUCCUGGCAGCGAACACUGAGGCCAAGAGCACCUCAGCGAUUCUCAUGGAGAACAUGGACCUCUACAUGCUCAACCCCUGCAGCAACAAGAUCUGGUUUGUCAUAGAGCUGUGCGAACCCAUCCAGGUGAAGCAGCUGGACAUCGCCAACUUUGAGCUGUUCUCUUCCACGCCCAAGGACUUCCUGGUGUCCAUCAGCGACCGGUAUCCGACCAACAAGUGGAUGAAGCUGGGCACCUUCCACGCCCAGGACAAACGCACGGUGCAGAGCUUCCCGCUGGACGAGCAGCUCUACGCCAAAUACGUCAAGACGUUCAUCAAGUACAUCAAGGUGGAACUGCUGUCCCAUUUUGGGUCUGAACAUUUCUGCCCCCUCAGCCUGAUCAGGGUGUUUGGGACCAGCAUGGUAGAGGAGUACGAGGAGAUCUCCGAGUUGCAGUUCCCUUCCGACCGAACCGAGGAUCUGGAUGAGGAUUAUGAUUUCCUUCCCGGCUACGUACCCGUCGAUGACAAAUCCUCCAAGAACCUGAUCGACUCUGCCACGGAUGCCAUCCUGAAUAUGGUGAACAACCUUGCGGUCAACGUGUUGGGGGGCAGUGCCACUCAGGACGGAAACGUGUCUGCGGAGGCUGCGAAUGUGACUGAUGAUUCCUCUGUGACAGAGACCCUGCUUAGCCUCCCCCCCACCUCCGUCCCAGAGAAUGAGACUGUGGAUCCGGAAUUGCCGGAUCUUCCUGAGGAUCCAGGGCCCCCCGUGCCAGAAGAGAGUCCGAUUGUGGUCCUUGUGGAGGAUGAGGAGGACGAGGAAGAAUCUGACCGGGUAACUGUGACUGCAGUGGAGCCUGAUGACCAGGAGGGGGAGCCCUUGACCUCAGGGGGGCCUGAUCCCAGGCAGCUGGAGAGCAACGCCCUCUGCAAGGAGCUCUCUGGGAUCUCCUGCCGUGCCACCUUUCUGGAGUACCUCCGCCUGUGGUGCUCCGUCACUCUGGGCCGGCGACGUAGGCGUCAGGGUGACAUCCACACCCCACCGACUCAACAUCUGGACCACACCGUGCAGCCACUUCCUGAGGAAGAAGCCACCUCCACCCUUGAGGAGAUUCCCGGGCAGACGGAGGUCCCCCACGGCCCUACUCAUAUGGCCGAGACUCCAGCCCUGGAGCCCAGCCAGUCCCCGUCUCCUCUGCUACAAGGCUUCAUCACUACAACCGGGACCAUCGGCACAUCUUCGGUUGAGAUGCCUAUGUCCUCAAGCCAGGAGCUCCUGGAGAAGGGGGCUAUGUCCUUGAGGGGAGGUGCUCAGGAGCAGCAGGAGAGCCGGACUCUUGACACCAGCAGUGAGGUCAGUGUCUCCAUCCGCAGCUUCUCAGAGGACCCCAGGGCUGACACUGAGCACCGAGGCACCACCACACCCACUCAAGUCCUCCCUCCUGAGACCCCCCUGGCCACGGAGGUGCCAGCUCCUCCAGGAGAUCCAGAGGGAGGCCAGGCUGUGCCUGGGGAGGCCCAGAAAGAGGCAGACUCUGCAGAGUCCCCGGAGCCGCCUCAGAUGCUCCCAGACAAACAGGAAGAGUCCCUGGAGGACCUCCUCAGUGUUACCUCCAGCAAUGGGCAGGUCCACCGGACCGCCACAGACUUUUAUGCUGAGCAGAACUUCUCCGAUCUGGCCAAUGGGAACCAUGUGCAUGGAUCCAACCAGAAGGAGUCUGUCUUCAUGAGGCUGAGCAACCGCAUUAAAGCCUUGGAGAUGAACAUGUCCCUCAGCGGACGCUACCUGGAGGAACUCAGCCAGAGCAGACAGACAGACUCCUGACCAUUCUGAGAUCAAGACCGAU